AUGCUUCGCACCGUGAAGUACAUCAUCGGCGCCGUAGUGGCUGUUGCUGCCUUUACCGCAGUACUCGCGAUUAUGAUGUCAGUCAAGGAGAGAGUGCCAAACGGUACCUACUGCGGCAGCUAUGCAGGUGGCCUUGUGGUAGGUAAUAUGACCAUAAGGGCCGUCUCAAGCACCUUUGAUAUGUUCUUGAUAGGCCUGGGCCUGCAACUGGCGUGCAAGAAUGAGCUGUUUGCGUACGAUAUGAAGACGCAUGAGGCAACGGUGAUUGGCGCUAAAGAUCCCAACAACUGCAUCGGCUCAAUCCUCACGGAAAACAAUUUGACUUUGCGUGUCUUCUUUGAUCCGCGCGCUGACAUCGUCACUCUGGAUUUAGGCCUUGCGAAGAUCGAGUGUAAAAGGUGCCCUGCCUUGUCCUAUGUUGGAAGUGCUUUAUGA